AUGGAAAACGGCGACAGUGAGGAACCAAAACCCCUUCUGACCGUUUCUACAGCGGAGGCGUCUUCCAGAGGCAGGGCAACGAGUGAAUCCUCUGUGCCUUCCGAAAGCGAAAAUCCUUCUCGAAGCAAAAGCCCAUUAGCAACCACCACUCCACGUAAAUCUACGAGCACGUCGCUCGACGUUCCACCGCCUGCACCAUCCACAAAGGCCGCGAAAUCAGUCGGGUCUUCCCAGGUCACUAGAGCAACUGAAAGAAGGGCUCAAGCUGAGGGAGACAAGGCCUUGGUGAAAUUCACGACCAUAACCGAUAGGAUGGGUCAGUUCGAAGCCAGAUUCAACACCCCGACUGACCAAGGUCCGUCCAUCCACACGAGUAGGGUUCGACUCGAGCAGAUCAGGGCCCUCUGGGACAAGGUGGAAAGGGAGUACGAGAUGUGCUCCGAAGUGCUGACCAGUCAAAACUGCAAAGACACAAUAACGGUCAUGCAAUCCAAGUAUGACUACUGUUAUACCGUUUACGAGCGGUGCGCAGCAAACCUCAAUGAGAUCAUUGAAGAUGCACGCGCGCCACAGUCUGUUCAGUCCUUCAAUCUGGCGCCGUCUCAUGGCGGAUGUCGCCUACCUCCAGUCGAGUGCGAAGUUUUCAAUGGUGACUAUGUUCAAUGGCCCACAUUUCGGGACCUUUUUUCCGCCAUCUAUGUAUGCAAUCCUCGGCUUUCAGAAGUCGAAAAACUGUUCCAUCUUAAUGCAAAGACGAGCGGCGAGGCCAAAUCCAUUGUGGCCUUAUCUCCGUUGACCAAUGAUGGUUUUGAGUCAGCGUGGAGAAACUUGCAGAAUCGGUUCGAGAACAAGAGGCUGCUGGUCAAUAGCCAAUUAAAGAUCUUGUUUAAUUUGCCUUCUGUUGCCCAGGAAUGCGGAAAAUCCUUGAAGCAUUUAGAGAGCACAAUCCAAGGUUGUUUAACGGCCCUACAAUUAGCAAGAGUCGAGACCACGAAUUGGGAUUGCCUGCUUGUUUUCCUGUGCUCGUCCAAGUUGCCAAAACUAACUUUGGCUCUUUGGGAACAGUCCCUGCUAACAACCCAGCAACAGAUACAGUCCACUCCAUCGACGAGUCAAGCGAAUGUGCAAACGUUUCUUGCCGUUAACACGCAAGGGGUCCUACUGAGUACGGCAUUGAUAGAAGUUUGCCAUUUGGGCAUAAAAUACUCAGCACGGGCACUCAUUGACUCAGGUUCCGAGGCAACCUUCAUCUCAGAACGGUUGUUCAACCUAAUUAAGUUGCCGUAUGAGUCCAUUCAGGCCCAAGUUUCGGGGGUCAACCUUUCCGUUGCCGCUCAGCCUCGUAAGAGGUGUCAACUCAUCAUAGGUUCUUCCGUCAAGCCCCAUAUCCAGAUUGAAACUUGUGCAUACGUGUUACCCCAGUUAGCUGGUAAUCUCCCAUCCUACACUCUACCAGAGGCCUCAUUAAAGGAUCUUCCACCGUUGCAACUAGCAGAUCCAAAUUUCUUCCGAAGCUCGCAGAUUGACGUGCUUAUUGGUGCCGAUAUCCUGCCAUCGAUCCUCCUAAGCGGCUCCCAUUCCAAUAUUUGUGGAACACUCCUGGGUCAAGAGACCAUAUUCGGGUGGAUUCUGUGCGGUCCGAUUGCAGCGAGUCCCACAAGCAGAAUCUGCUCCUUUUCAGCCCGAUUAGCAGUCAAGGAAUCCAAACUAGACAGCAUCCUCACAAAAUUUUGGGAGGUGGAGGAUGUUCCAGUGAAGCUGGUUAAGGAAUCCACCUCGGUUUGCGAGGAGAACUUUAUCCGAUCCACCAAAAGAAGUGAGGAUGGAAGAUAUGUUGUUUCGUUGCCCUUUAAAGAGCCGGACAAUAUUAAGCUUGGACAUUCCAGACCCAUCGCACUAGCUCAGUACCUCCGAAACGAAAUGCGAUUAAGUAAAGAUCUUCCAUUGAAGGAGCAGUACGACUCAGUCAUUCGAGAGUACUUAGACUUAGGUCAUAUGCACCAAGUCUCCCCUGACGACUCUAGCAGUUUUUAUCUGCCUCAUCACGCUGUCUUCAAACCAGAUAGCACCACGACGAAGGUUCGCGUCGUGUUCAAUGCUUCCAAUCCCUCAUCAAACGGAAACAGCCUCAAUGAUAUCCUUCAUGCGGGGCCUGUACUACAGUCCGAUCUGACUAUUCAGAUUCUAAAAUGGCGUUUCUUUAAGUAUGUUUUUAAUGCGGACAUCACAAAGAUGUAUCGGCAAAUCCGGGUCAAUCCUGAUCACACGCGCUUUCAGAGAAUCUUAUUCCGCAACAAAUACGGUGAGCUCUGUGACUAUGAACUCGACACAGUUACCUUCGGCGUAAAUUGUGCGCCCUUCCUGGCCAUCAGAGUGCUUCAGCAGUUGGCUCAGGACAUCCGAGGCCAAUAUCCUUUGGCCAGCGACAUCAUUUCGAACUUCAUGUACGUGGACGAUGUGCUCGCAGGGGCUCACACUCGGCAGUCGGCAGUUUUAGCCAUUAAAGAGCUGCGGCUGGCUCUCGAGAGUGCCGGUUUUCCACUGCGCAAGUGGACCUCAAACGAAAGGAGACUUCUACAAGCGAUUCCGAGGGAACAUUUGGUCAGUGCAGACUUCCUUGAGCUGGAAGAUGCCAGCACGGCGAAAACUCUUGGGAUCCGUUGGCAAGCUACAUCCGAUAGUUUCUUUUUUGUUCCAAUGGUGAUCUCCCUGCAACCUGCCUACACCAAACGAGAGGUUUUGUCUCAAAUAGCCAAACUGUUCGACCCGGCAGGGUGGUUAUCGCCUUUCGUAAUCCGAGCCAAGAUUUUCAUGCAGGAAAUUUGGCUACGGGAGCUAGGCUGGGAUCAGCCACUCCCCACCGACCUUGUGACCAAGUGGCAAGAGUUUUUGAAAGGGUAUCCGACCCUGAGGGAAAUUCGUAUUCCGAGGUGGGUGCGUUUCCAUCCUGCUGCCAAGGUGCAGUACCAUGCGUUUUGCGAUGCGUCACAGGACGCGUAUGGGGCUGCUAUUUUCGUCCGAGUCGAAACGGCUGACGGCUGUUGUGCCCAUUUGCUGGCAUCCAAGACCAGAGUGGCUCCCGUCAGGUCCAUCUCCAUACCCCGCCUGGAGUUGUGCGGAGCAGUGCUGCUCACUGAGCUAGCAGCAUCAGUAAUUUGCGAAUUGCCUCCUAAAGCUUAUGAGAUUUUUUAUUGGACAGACUCUACUAUAGUUCUUGCAUGGCUAGGCAAGCCAGCAUGCACCUGGACGACAUUCGUGGCCAACAGGGUCGCAAAGAUCGAACAGCGCACCAACGAAAGCAAAUGGGGCCAUGUACGAUCCGAAGACAAUCCAGCGGAUCUGGCAAGCCGAGGCGUCUCGCCCCAAGAGCUUAAGGACAGCACACUUUGGUGGCACGGGCCGGCUUGGCUACCACUCAAGCAGGAGCAGUGGCCGAGUGAACCACUGGUUAAUCCGGAAACCGAGAUGGAGCAACGGCCUAUUAAAUGUCACAGUGCCACAGUGCCGUCAACAGUGGAUAUCCUAGAGCGUUUUUCAACCUUCGACAGGGCGCUGCGGGUUCUAGCAUACGUGAUCCGUUUUGCGAAAAGUUGCAAAAAGGAAGAUAUACCCCCAUCGUCAGCACUCACUUCGGCGGAGUUGUCUGACGUGCAAGAGCGGUUAAUCGUGUUCACUCAAAAGAAUGAGUUUCCCGUCGAAUAUAAGGCUUUAAGUAACAAGCAGCAAAUUCCAGCCUCAAGUACCAUUUCUAACCUAAACCCCUUUCUUGACAGAAAGGGGGUCUUGAGAGCAAGCGGCCGUUUACAAGCAUCUGACAUGCUUAGUUAUGAUGAAAAACAUCCUAUCAUCAUCCCAGCGCGAUGUAGAUUCGCGAAACUACAAGCCCUGUUUACUCAUCGCAUAUCCUUGCAUGGGGGGAAUCAGUUAAUGGUGAGACUGAUUCGGUCUAAAUUCUGGAUUUCUAAGCUUCAGAGAUUGGUGAAACACACAAUUCACUCGUGCCGAGUUUGUGUCAUCCACAAGAAGAACCUGCAGAGGCAGUUGAUGGGGGAUUUGCCCCGGGCGAGAUCCUCUUUCUCCAGGCCAUUCACUCAUACAGGCAUGGAUUUCGCGGGGCCAUUUGACAUCAAGAGUUAUGUCGGUCGAGCCUGCAAAAUCACAAAGGGAUACGUCUGCGUUUUUGUUUGCUUUAGUACCAGGGCCAUCCAUCUCGAAGCGACGUCCGACUUGACGACAGAGAAAUUUUUAGCUGCCUUCUCUCGUUUUUCUGCACGCCGUGGGUGUCCACAACAUGUCUACUCUGACAACGGGAAAACGUUUGUCGGAGCCUCCACGUCCUUAUCCAGAGACUUUAUAGAGUCAACCAGAACACUGAUCCUCUCCAAACACAGCCUUCAGAACUUGGCCUGGCAUUUCAACCCUCCUGGUGCGCCUCACAUGGGAGGGCUCUGGGAGGCGGGUGUGAAAAGCUUCAAGGCUCACUUCUACAAGUACACAGCAGCAGGGAAGUACACCUUCGAAGAACUGGCUACCCUCCUUGCGAAAAUUGAGGCCUGUUUAAACUCCAGGCCUAUUUCACCAAUGUCCGAAGAUCCCACCGACCUUGUGGCUCUUAGCCCCGGACAUUUUCUAAUUGGUGGACCACUUCUUGCGGUAUCGGAGCCUCUGAUUGAGGAGAAUCCUAUUUCCAUCAUCAAUCGGUGGCGGAGGUUGAAGGCCCUGCAUCAGCAGUUCUGUGUGCGUUGGAAGGAGGAAUAUCUGAAGGAGCUCCACAAAAGGAACAAAUGGAAGUUCCCAUCGCGAGAUCUCCAAGCGGGAGACAUGGUUGUGAUCAAGGAGGAGAGCUUGCCAGCCAACGAAUGGCGGCUUGGGCGUAUCCAGCUGGUAUGUCCGGGCGCCGACGGCAAGAUCCGUGUAUACAAUGGCUCCAACGACCGACCAAAAUCCUCGUCGCUCAUCCGGGAGCAAUGUAUACCGAUGUCGAGUCUGCAGGGGAGUCCACGCUCUGAGGGUUUGCCAACGGUUUCUCCAACUGCCGGCUGUGAAGCGGCUCCGCGCGGUACUCAUUAA